AUGGGUCGAGCACGCCAAAAGCAGCGGAAAUUCAGCUCGACUGCGUCUCAGCCCGCAUCGUCGUCUUCCCAGCCGCCGCCCAUCGCAUCGCUCCUAGCAAAGGCCCAGGAUCUGAUCAUACAAUGCGACUAUCCACUCGCUCGCAAAUUCAUAGAGCGCAUCCUCUCCCGGGAGGAUGGCACCCCCACCGAGAAAAACCAAGCUAGAGAAAUGAUGGGCGUCGAAGUCGAUGCAGCUAAGGAGGUGUUUUUGAGCCUGGUGCCCCCACACCCGGAUGCUCCAUCUCCUCCGCCUCCAUCAGCGUACCUCCACCUCGCGCAGCUGUCCGAUGAUGACCCCCACGCUGGCUUGUCUCACUAUCAGACCGCCAUCGACCUUCUCCACGCACAACUCAAGGGUAAAUCACCCGUAGUUUCAAACGUAGAUGACGACGAUGACAGCGAGACCAAAAGUAACAUCGUCCGUGCAUACUUGGGAAUGAUAGAGAUCUGGAUGGAUCCAUCUCACGAUUUAUGCUUUGAUCCAGCAGCAUCAUCUACCUGUGAUACAUUACUCUCUCGCGCCCUCGAGGUCGACCCUCAAAAUCUAGAGACGCUGCAAACCCUCGCUAGCGUCCGUCUCUCGCAGGAGAAACCUGAGGAGGCACUGCAAGCUCUCCGUGCCUUCCCAUUACCACCCCCAGAUCCACAUUCACUUAAUACCAGUACUACGGAUCCCCAGAGUUAUGCUUCUCUGCUUCUGAACGCGUUGCCUAUACCCGUUCGAAUUACGCGCGCAAAAUUGUUGUUGGAGUGUAAUGCCUAUUCCGAUGCGCUGUCUCUCCUCGAAGGCGUGCUUGCUGCCGACGAUGCGAACGUGGAUGGUUGGUAUUUGAUGGGAUGGUCGUGGUGGUUGUUGGCGGGAAGGAGGAAGGAAGGGGAUGUGACUGUUGCCGAGAGCCUUGGAGAGGAUGGGGAACAGCUAGAGUGGCAGGACAUGGCUAGAGAUUCAAGGGAUUGUUUGGAGACAUGUCGGGGGUUCCCAGACGAGCCCCUUAUGGAACAUGUGCAAGAGCUGAUCACGACGCUGGAAGGGCUUGGAAUUCAUCCAUCCCCGGCUGACGAAGAGGCGAACGGCGAAGCUUGGGAAGACGUUGGUGACUCUGACGAGGAUGUCGAGAUGCUGUGAGUACCAGUACUACUUGCAGCCAAUAAAGGUACCCUAUCUAUUGUAGCACUUUGUAUCACGUGAUCACACUGUACGGAAUGUUGCAUCGUGGUUUCCGUGCUUUCUCUGCCCGGCAGAGGGCCCACCGAUUGGUCUGUCUUGCUUGUUCUUCUCUAGUCCAUCUUGAGUUGCGUCGAGUAAGCAAGGGGCGGACCUGCAACGGAGAAGCGUGCGGUCAGGGCAUAGUUAUUGGACACCAUGCAAACUCCGAACGAACGCCCUACUCAGCUUGACAGGGCUACUACAGCCGAGGUGUGCACUUACAUUACCUUCCAGCAGCAGUGGUCGCUCAUGCUCUGCAGAUCCUUGCCAGUGAUUGGGAAGAUCUCUCAGAUUCCGAGAGCACUCCCGAGCAGGCCCGUUCCAGUAAUGCAAGCAUAGGAAGUAAUACACCGAGAAAGCGUCGGAGA